AUGGCAGAUAUCCACGAACGUCCAGCGAAGCGCUUGAAGACCAGCUCCGAAAAUCACAUCACUACAGGACCCGUCAACACAGUAGAUCAAAUACACGAAUGGAUAAAUUUCCAGCAAAGCACUGAUCCCGUGGUCAAGGAUGGUGUGAACGCAUUUAAGGACUAUCUUUUCUUAAUCUCUCACCUCGAGGAUGUGUCGCAACAAGCCGAGCAAUUUCGAAUCUUGAAGGAAUAUUGUCUGUCGCAACAAUCAAUCUCAGACGAUCAGCUCAAUUUCCAUGAUUUACUGUCAACCUGGUCCUUCGCGGUCGAAAACAAUGCAGAGGCCAUCAUUUUAGCGGUUCCCUCAGCAUUAGCGCAAUUACUCAAGGCUAUAGGAGGAAUCAUCGAGCUACGUUCUUUCGGGCUAGCACUCAUUGACAGUCUUCUGAAGCGCGAUCAAUCGAAGCUAUUCGAAAAGUGUUUAGCAUCACCAAGAACCAAGCCACAUCUCGCCUCACCAUGUCUUCGAUUAUUGACGGAGAUGGUAAGCUUCGAUGCCGGAGCAAGAGCGGCCGAGUUCUGGUAUCGACGAGAUCUGAUAAUGUACAAGUUCGAGGCUGUAUUGGAGUUACAGGUAUCUAGCAAUGAUGUGGAGGAGAGGAAGAGACCAUCUGUACGACGUAUGGCACUACGUCUCAUAAUUGCUAUGCUAAAGUACCUCGAUUCAACCUCGAAAUUAGAUCUAUUAGCCCAAGCUCGAGCACUUCAUGCGUGUUUGCGAGGACUGACUCAGGAUGGCGACGAUAUUGUCAACGAUGUUUUACAAGCUAUUGACCAGCACCUCAUCUCUGACAAUCAGUUAUCCAGGGUCGGUAUAGCUCGUUUCUUCAACGCAGUUCACCUUGAAAACCUGUCUGCUUUGUACUCUUACGAGCUCGAGGAUGAGACAGGUGAUGCUAGAGAUUCUGUACGGACAGCAACACAUAAGCUCCUGGUCAAGCUUUGCGCUUCAGACAAUGGAGUGCUGGUACCUCAACAGGGAUGGUAUCCACCCUCGUUAGCUGCGCCAUCAUUCACAGGCUCUGGAGAUGACUUCAUCGACUUGGGUCUUGAUUCACCUUUCUACUUCGAUGAUCGCAGCGACAGGGUACCGGUUGUCAAUACUACCCUUGCUUCCUUCAUACACAAAUUGAAACCUUACGAGGACAACCUGCAAUCAACCCUUCUUCUCAGUAUUUUGGAUGCGGCACCAGAACUUGUAGCUGAGUAUUUCGGGAAACACAAACAGAUAUCCGCUGCGAGCAGCGACAAUGUUACUUGGAGAGGUCAGUUUGCAUUGAUAUUUGCGGCUAUCGAAGCACCUAUUCCAAAAGACCUUGGUCAACUCGAAGGCCAGCCACAUUCUCCUCCGCCGCUCAACAUCGUGAUUGAGAGUGUAUUACCUCGGCCGAUGGAUCGAUCAUAUCUCACAAAAAUGCUGUCCUCAAAAGAUGAGGUCCUGCAAAUUUCCGCAGCUCGACUCAUGGCAGUAGCAUUGACGAAGCUGUACAACGUCCUGGAUGCUUUCGCUCGAUGUUCGUCAACCAAUACUUUCCUAUGGCACCAAGCGAGUGAUAAGCUUUGUGAACUUGCAGAAUCACGAUUGCCGACACUUCGAGAUCUCAACCUCUCCUUACAACAUAGCUCCAGUGUCGGCGACAAGGUGCGACCUGCGCUUCUUGAGUGCUUGCUUGCUUACCAUAAUGUUCUCUCCAAUAAGUCAACGUCGACAACGUUUGAUAUAGCUCCGAUAAUGACGGAAAUGUGCUUGAAGCUUGAGAGUUCCGAGGCUGAGGAAGACUUGAUCCUAGAACAGCUUGCCAACUGUGUGCAGAUAGCAGAAUCUUCUCCAACGACCAAGUGGUUACACAAACCUGAUAACGAAACCUUGAGUCCUUUGAGUACACUAUUUCGAAUUUGCGUGACCGCAAAGUCUUCGUCCUCAACUCGCACGAUACUUGGAAUCAUUCGUCAAGUUCUAGUCUAUCGAGGAGUCCUCAGUCCCAGCGAGACAUCUUUCGCCGCUCUUUGUAGCAGUUUUUUGACCUCCAAGAAGUUCUCGGCCACAACAGAACUUUUCGUUCUCUUUGACAAUUGCAUUGUGCGAGCAAGUGCACGACCAGUCAAGUAUCUUGAUGAGACCGAGUCUGCGUCGCAGGCCGUCUCAGACAAAAAGCCCCUGAGUCUGUUCGUGGCUGCGAUAGCAGAGCAAUGGUAUAUCGUUCUGAAGCGCUAUGAACACGACAAGAGUGUCGUCAAGAACAUUGCCGCCUGGAUAGCUAGAUUAUUUUCCCUGCUGGACUCAGCUGGUGAGAACUACCGGGUCAUGAUGCACUUCCAAGAAGCUAUGUUGCAUGGCUCAGAUGGCAAGGCGAGAAGUUAUCUGCAGGAUGCUCUGGAUAAAGUCCGCGAAAAAGCUUUGGUCAUCGAGACAACAUGGUAUACCAAGCAGGAAAACCGAAGUGAAGCAGAAGAGGCUCUUAAGGGGAUUGACAACUUGUUGUCAAAUGCGGAUCAUGUCCUGGAAAGAUUGUGCACUCAUUCGACCUCCGUCCCAGAUAGUCUGCAAGGACUUGAUAAAUGGCCAGCCGGAUUUGAUGUGGAGCUUGAGAUGAGCACACAACGACUGCAGCGUCUGAUCUUGUGCUUGUCAGCAAAUGAUGCAGAAGUCAAGCUCCAAGCAAAUCAGGUACUCAAACAAAUCUUGCAGAGUAUUGAUAGUGGCUCAUCGAACGAAGGCAAGCAACAAAUCUUCCUUAUACUGGGCGAGCUAUGUGAAACAGUUAAUCAGUACGAUCUAGCACAACCAUUGCCAACUUUCGUGCCAGUGCUUGCUAACGCUCUGCUCACAAUUGCACUACAACCGCAGCACAUCAUGUUUCCCAAGGCUAACAAAUUUCUUCUUCGUAAGCCCUCGUGGUCUUUCAAGGUCACAGUCGAUUACUGGCUUGAGCACAUCCUGCGAGAAGCGCCUCACAGUGAUGAUGAAGAUAGCUGGAACAAAGAGCGCGAGUGGCUAUUACAGAUUAUGUCAUCUGGCUUGCGCAGCCAAAUAGACAUGGAACUAUAUCGCCGCUGUAACCUGUGGGAGCAUGUAUUGUCCCUUUACUCUAGCCCAUGCUUGUCUCGGCAGAACAAGCUGUUGAUUUUGGCACUUCUCCGCAACGGUAUCGAUAUUACUGGUGGCGCAGAUAUGUUAUGGACACGCUUUGGGGUAUAUGGCUGGUUGAGCAUCAUGUCCAAGAACGAUUUCGAACACGCAGAUUAUUUCGAUCUGCUGAAAGGCAAGCUAGAAAAGAGAUGUGACACUGAAGCUAUUGAGAGAUGGAAAGCAACAUGUCGUAUAACAAGGGCUGGUGCAGGCGACAUAGAUUGA